GGGUAAUAUACCUUUGGAAAAAUGGCAUCUUAGUUAUCGAUUCUAGGCAUCUUAUUAUUGAUCCCACCCUCCUUUGUUUCUUUCCUCCACUCCUUAAAUCUUCACCCUCUCAUUCCUUCUCUCUUAUUCAAUUCAUUCUCUCUCUCACACCCCAAACUCAUCCACUCUUUUGAAAGAGACAAACAAACAAAAUGAACAUUUUGAUAGAUUCCAACGUUGAAGCUUUAGCCUUCAACUACUUAAACUUCGGUUUAGUAACAAUUCUCAACAAUUUAUGGACUUGGCUCGCCCUCCUCACCGCCGCUCUCAGCUUCUGGAAGAUUCGUUCCUCGGGUUGCCCUAAAUCAGUUGACCCGAAUUCUAUCAUACCCGACCCGGUUAAGAAACCGUUGUUGCCGUUUGAAGAUGUAACGGAUAAAAUAAUUUCACCGCGGAAAACAUUAACGGUGGGUUGUGACGAAGUUGACGGCGUGAGGAAGGGGAAGUUUACGGUUUAUUACGAAGAGGACAUGCAAUGCGGACGCAGAGAGAGUACUGGUGAUAAUUUUUGUUACCGGCUAUUGCCGGUUGCUGAGGGAUGGGUACCGGAAGAAAGAGAAACACGCGAGACGGAGUGGUGGAGAUGUUGGGAGAAGGUGUUGACGUUGAGAAACGGAGAGAAUGAGAAUGGGUGGUACACGUGUCAGGAUUUGACGGAGCUUAACGGAAACGUGGUUAAAUUUUGGGAUGGUGGUUGCAUCACAAAGGAAUCAUGGUACGGUUCCAGCUGUAUGUCUGUUUUCGUGUCUGAAUGAUAAUAAAAGUUAAAUAAAUAAAUAAAUAAAUAGUAUUAUUAGGUUUUUUUUAUUAGGAGUAGUUAGGUUAUGUCGUGUAUGUUUCUGUUCGAUUUAAUAAUAAUCUCUCCAUUAAGAAUUGAGAGAGAUUAUUGAGAUUUGAGAAUGAAUGUAUAUAUGUUAAUUUGGUAGUUUGGUAGUGCGAUUUGGAAAUUUUGUAUAAUCAUCUUUGUUGUACACGCAAGUGAGUCUCAAAUUUGAAACGAAAUUGACCAAAAGAAAGCUUUGCGUAUGAAUUUGAAUUAUGUGAUUA